AUGAUAGGUGCGCACUGUGGGUAGGUUUGAUCGAACUGAAAUUCGCAAAUUAAUUAAUUUACUUAUCGCGUUCAACAUAAUGUGUGAUUUUAUCGUGUAUAUCAGCGAGCGUUGAAUGUGAAAUUCAAAUUUUCAAAUUUGACUGUUUGUGCAGUGUUUUGACGAAAUAUAGAAAGACGAGUGACGCUCACUGGUGUUGAUGUCAAAAAUCCAUGUUUUGCGACAAAACAUUGUGUAAAUUAUACACGGAGUGAACAAGUCGCCAGUAUGGCUAGCUCCAAAGACAAUAAUAGUAAUAAUGAGGCACAGGAAUCGUUGUUAUAUUCUGCCAGACAUGGAGAACUGUCUGUGGUUAAGGCGAUGUUGGAAGCGAAGGAUGAAGGAAAGUUGACUCUUGAUAUCAAUUGCAAAGGCAAAAAUAAAACAAAUCUAGGUUGGACGCCUCUCCACUUGGCCACAUACUUUGGACAUAAGGAUGUAGUGGAAGCGUUGUUAGAAGCUGGUGCCAAUGUGGACGAGGUCAAUGACACUGGCGACUCGGCAUUACAUAAAGCCUCCUUUAUCGGAAAUGAGGAACUAGUAAUCAUUUUACUAAAAUACAAAGCUGACGUCAAUAUAAUGAACGGCGAAGGUAGGACGCCAUGUGACAUGUCUAAGACGAGAGACGUACAAAGAUUGCUUGAGGCAGCCGGGAGGGCGGAGAGACACGAGCGGGAACUGAGGCUACUGACUGCCGCCAAAGACGGCAGGAUUGAUGAUAUUCAGGAACUCCUAAGCAGUCCAAACCCUCCAAAUAUAAACUGCGUGGACGCACAAGGUAACACGUGUUUGCACUGCGCGGCGUACAGAGGGCACACUAGACUCGCCGUGUUACUAUUGCAGAAUGGAGUCGACACUACGCUUAGGAAUAAUAGUGGUCAGUUAGCUAUAGACAUGGCUAAGGACACAGAGAUGCGUGAAGUGUUAAAUGUGCGACCGGUGCAGCGGUUACAGAGAACUGCCGCGAGGUUCGAGGGUCCGUUACUGAAGAGGUCACGGUUCUUGGGAUGGAGACCGGUUUGGGCGGUCGUGCAGCGCGGCGUGCUGCUGUACUACGGCAGCCGCGCGGAGGCGGCGCGCGGCGGGCCGCACUGGCGCGCGCGCAAGUACCUCGACGCCGCCGCGCUCUCCGCCUCCGACACGGACCCCGCCGCCAUACUGCUCCGCUUCAGCGACGGAGACACGCAUCGACUCGCCGUGCAGGCCGAGCGAGAUGUGCCGGCGUGUAGACAGCAAUGGGUGACUGCGUUGAACGAGCACAUUGCGUACUCCGGCCACUAUCUAUGGGCCGGCGCGUCACCGGACUCCGCGCGGGAAGCCACCGAGGACUUGGAAGACGAAUGUAAACCUUUGGGCUCGAUGCAGGACGCGCUGACGGCGGCCACCAACAGCCUGGCCCUGCUGGACACGCAGCUCCGCGAGUGCGCCGCCAUAGUGGCCGCGCUCGACAAGUCCGUCAACGUCGGCACCUCGCUGCAUCACUCCGCGUACAUGCGCUUCCAACACGUUUGUGGUACGGGGUCGGAAGCUCUGUCAGCGUUACGUCACUGCGCCGCAUUAGUCGCGCAGGCAAGGGACGCAGACUCCGCCAGACUUAGUCGAGAGUCAGAAUCAGAAGACGAGGACGAUACGUUGGUGACGGCCGGACUGUCGAGUCCUCUCGGCGCUCUCAGUCCCUGGGGCAGCAGUCCAGACUUAACUAGGCGGACACCUAUUGGCAGUCUAGAUGGCGACAAGACCCCAACAAACGAGGAACAAGAGGAGCGUUACUUGCGUCGUCUGUCGGGGUCGUCCGGUUCCCCCGUGUCGCUGCACACGGCGGUGAGCGCGGCGUCGUCCCGCGGCACUCUGGUCUCACAGGGCGGACAUGUCUACAGGAACGCUAGGCCUUAUCGGAAGAAUACACAUCCCAGUGUCAAGUUGAAAUAUGAUGUCUAG